AUGAUUAUUUUCCCCACUGCUGCUUCUUCUCAGGACAUGCCUCUGUUUUUUGUUUUUGGCUUUUGUUUAUGCCUUUUCUCCUUGCUGUGUAAGCAGAUGGGGGAGACAGCAGCUUCCAAUCCUGCUUUGCAUGUGUCCGUUUCGUUUGGUAGAUUUGAGAACGAUUCCUUGUCCUGGGAGAAAUGGUCUGCUUUCUCACCAAAUAAGUACUUGGAAGAAGUUGAGAAGUGUGCCACACCUGGAUCAGUUGCUCAGAAGAAAGCUUACUUUGAAGCUCAUUACAAGAACGUUGCUGCUCGGAAAGCUGAAUUGCUUGCUCAAGAGAAGCAGAUGGAGAAAGAUUCUUCUAGAUCACAAUGUCAAAAUGAUGAAGAUCUGAGUUAUAACACUCGUGGGACUGAUGCAGAAUUUGAUAUGUCCAAUGCUGAAGGUUAUAGUGAAGGGGUUAGGCAAGAAACCAAUUCAAUCGGUGAGAUUGUUAGGACUGAUAUGAGUAAUUUGGAGGAGGAUAUGGCAGUUUCAGGAGAUUAUCAUGGUUCAUCAGUUGAGGGAGAGAAAGUGAAUGAAGAACUGGAGAGAAGGUCAGGUAGUUCCUUGAUAGAUCAACAGGAAGAAGUUGUCUGCCUUGAACAAGGAGGGAGUAAAGAAGAAAGUCCUAACAUUGAAGCUGAAGGUUUGAAGGAAAUUUCACACAUUGUAAACAAUGAGCCUGCAAAGGCUUCAGAAAUUGAAGCAAAAUAUAAGACAUUGGAUCACCCAGAGGUAUCUAAGAAGGUUACCCCAGCGAGCAGAGAAAGCAAUCCAAUCAAGGCGAAGAAGAAAUCCAUGCAACCUACAUCUAAGACUAAGGCAUCCCAAAUUUCCACCCCUAGAAACCUAAAGCCUGCAUCAACUCCCACCAAAACAUUGGCAUCCGCAUCUUCAACUAAAAGGGGAAUUUCUCCAUCUAUAUCUGGCAGGAAAACUACAUUCACUGCAGAGAACAGAAAAGUUACAAAUAAAUCUUUGCACAUGUCCCUUAGCAUGGGUCCAAGCCAAUCUGAUUCUGUUCCGCAUACUUCAGUGAGGAAAUCUUUGAUUAUGGAGAGAAUGGGGGAUAAGGACAUAGUCAAACGGGCAUUCAAGACUUUCCAGAAUAAUUUCAAUCAGCCCAAAACUUCUGGUGAAAACAAAUCUUUGGUAAAAGAAAAGGUUCCUUCAAAGGUGACAGAGUCAAGGAAUCCAACAUCUAUAUCUUUGCGAAAGGAAAAUGGACAGUUGUGGUACACUUACCAAAGGCUUUUUUCACCAAAACCUGGUGGCUGUAAAAUGUCCACCAUGUGUGGAUCAUAA